AAACACUACGUGGCUGCAAAGCUCAGUUGGUGAUUUCAUUGCAAGGUAGAGAGAGAAAGAGACAUAAAAAAAAUGGCGACUUUGAAUGUUUUCUCUCAGCCAUGGCAAUCUUCCUCUUCUUUCUGUUCUUCUAACACUAACAACAACAUUUCCUUUGCCUUUCAUAAUCAUAAUCAUAUUUCUAAUAAUUCUAAAUUAAAUUUCUUUUCCAAUUCUCGUCACUUCUCUCUUCUCUCUUCCCAAUCUAAGCUCUCUCACUUCCCCACCCACUUCUCAAAGUCAGGCAGAGGAAGCUCAUGGCUACAAAACGGUUUCACUGGUGGUGGCAUUGAGUACAGGAAGCGUCCGCUAUAUUCUGUUUUUCCUACAAAACCUGCACAAGUUUCAUCUGUGCAAGACCUCUUUGAAUUUAUUUGCUCGGGGCCUUUACUUGAUAAAAUAGGUCUGACACAAGAGGAAGUGGCUGAGUCCAUUGAUAAGUGGUUAUUGUAUGGGCAUUACUUAUGCAGAUUGUUUCAGCUUAAUGAAUUGUACCUUACAGAACCUCAAAAAGCUAGGCUUUAUCACUACUAUGUACCAGUUUUUCUCUGGUGCGAACAUCAAAUUGCUCAGCAUCAGUCCAAGUUCAAAGAUGGAGAAGAAAUACCUCCUUUAGUAAUUGGUUUUAGUGCUCCUCAAGGCUGCGGGAAGACAACCCUUGUCUUUGCUCUUGACUAUCUUUUCCAAAAGACUAGCAGGAAGUCCGCAACAAUAUCUAUAGAUGAUUUUUAUUUGACGGCUGAAGGUCAGAAUAAACUAAGAGAAGAUAAUCCAGAAAAUGCACUCCUUGAGUUGCGUGGAAAUGCAGGAAGCCAUGAUCUUGCCUUUUCUGUUGAAACCAUGACAUCUUUAACCAAAAUGACAAGAGAAGGUAUGAAAAUGAAGUUACCAAGAUAUGAUAAAUCUGCAUUCAAUGGGAGAGGUGACCGUGCUGAUCCUUCAACAUGGCCAGAAGUUGAAGGCCCCCUUACGGUUGUGUUGUUCGAAGGUUGGAUGCUUGGUUUCAAGCCCGUUCCAGUUGAAGCAGUAAAGGUUGUUGAUCCACAGCUAGAAACUGUAAAUAAAAACCUUGAAGCUUACUAUGAUGCAUGGGACAAAUACAUAAAGUCAUGGAUAGUCAUCAAGAUUAAGGACCCAAGUUGUGUCUACCAAUGGCGCUUACAGGCUGAGAUUGCCAUGAGAGAGGCAGGAAAACCGGGAAUGUCCGAUGAUGAGGUGAGAGAUUUUGUUUCUCGCUACCUGCCAGCAUACAAGGCAUACCUUCCUACACUUUACUCGCAGGGUCCAAAUGGAUCAGAUCCUGAACAUCUCCUAACCAUUGAAAUAGAUGAAGGGAGAAACCCCAUCCUUGCUGUCUAAGUUAACUACAUGCAUGGCAAGGCAUUGCUGGUUUUUCAAUUCUUUGAGAGAAUCUGAAUUGCAUUCGGCAUUACUUGGAUGCAUCAUCAGUGGAGAUAAGUCAAUGUAUCUGCUCUAUUUUCCUUUAAAUGUAUAGAGAAUAUCUUGAUUUAUACACAAUAACGGCUAUAAUGCUUUCUGGUUUUCCUUAAGGAAUAAAUGGCUAUAGGAACCACAAAAAAUGCUCUCUUUGCUUGCCGUUUAUUCAAAUAGAAGCUAAGACUACUACUAGUCAUUGAUAGUUAAUGGUACUUCUUUUCAAUACUUUGUACAGAAAAUCCUGGUUAUCAUCAUGCUAGUUACUACUCUUGUGCUC